AUGUCAACAAAUGAUAACAUGUCAUUCAUAAAAAGAGUACAGUCUCUUCACAUUCUCCCCCCAGAGAGUAUGGGUCAAUAUUUAGUAAAAAAUCGAGGAAAUUCUCCUGAUCUUGCUAACCUACCAGACACGGUUCAUAGGGAAAUAUUCAAGUAUCUGAAGCCAUGGGAUCUGUUCAAACUUUCUCGAGUAUCAACAGAUUUGAAAAACUUGAUAAAUGGAAACACAAGCUUCACAGUUAAAUUUCAUCACAUUUGUCUAGAUGAAAAUGCAAUAUCAAUGAGAUUAGAAACAUCUGAUCGAUAUUUGAUCAAUUGGACAUUUUGUGAUGCUUCAAGAAAACCAUACUGGACCAAACGAUUCCUCAAUAAAUGUCACUAUGGAAAGGAGUUUCAUAUUGAUGGCUAUUAUGAAAACGUCGCACAAUCUUUCCUAUUCGUUUUCCAGAAUAUUGUUUCUAUAUUCAAGACAGAUGCAAAUUUCAAAGUGGGACAACUUCUCAUGCAUCCCAGCCGUCUUGACUUACUUUCAAGGUUACCAAAUGAUUUUCUGAAAAAUAUGAGCUGCGAAAAAUUAUCCAUCAAAAGUACGAAAGCAAAUCAAGAAACAGAUAGGAAGAAUUCUAUGGACUUCGCAAAACAAGUUUUGAGCACAUUUCAUUUGUUCAAAUACUUAGAAAUUUCGUUCAGUUCAUUAGAUGGGAAUUUUGAAUAUGAGAAGCAAUUCGAAAGUCUCGAUUCCUCAGAAUUAGAUGAUUAUUUCAUAGAAAAUCGUUUUGAUGAUAUUUACUUGAAUUUUUUUCUCAAAAACUGGAUGUUCACAGAAACGAAAUCUAUUAUUUCGUGUCGGAUAAUAGAAAAACGAAUUUUCAACCUGGAAGUUAUACUCGAUGGCUUGGAUACAACACGAUGGGAUGGAAGGAACUGGUCUGAAAUAAGAAACUUCUACAAAGCAGGAGCCGAACACUCAUUUAAUAUGACAAGAGAAGACAAGAGCUAUGCUGUGAUUUCAAUUUCCAUAAGAAUAGGAAACGGAUGGAACGAAUUUGGAAUUCUUUGCUUUUAUUCAGACAAAAAGUAG